GGAGACUUUGGAUAAGCCACACACACAUACACACACACGCACACACGCGCGCGCACACACACGCACACACACUGCUGCCUCUUAUGACGACUUGCAAGAGCUCCUCUCUCCUCUCGUUUUCUUUCCAGCGGAUUCAUUCUUUCAAGGGAAACUUGCAGGAACUUUUGAAAUAUCUUGUCGUGGAUGCAUUUGAGGAGUGUCGCCAAGCCAUUGGCAAGAGCCACCUCCCUCCUCCUCCUGCACCUCCUCCGGCUCGUCGUGAAUCAUGUCACGCCGGAAACAGAAGAGACCCCAACACCUCGUCAACGCCGAUCCGGGGGGCCCGAGGGUCCUCGCUCACGAUGACCUCCUGUGCAUGAAGUCGCCAUCCACCUCCCUCGGAUCCGAAGUCACCUCAUCGGGGUCCUCUUCCUCCUCCUCCCCAAGCUCACUUCAAGACUGCCAGCCCCCCUUGGCCCCUCGCCCGUCCCCCGGCGGGCUCCACGCGCCCUCUUUGCCCAACGAGAGCUCGCCCCCUCCCCAUUGGCCCAACCACAUCGCGACCUUCGCUACCUCCCUACCAAACACUCACUCCUCCCUCUCUCCGGACUUUCCUCACCCGUCGCUGUCCUCGCAGACCCACUCGCCUCCCCCCUUGGGUCAGACGUCCGGCUGCCAAGCCCUGUCGCAUUCCACCAUGGCCUCCCCGACGAUUGGCGUUUCCGCCUCCACCACGACCUCCUCGUCGUCCACCCGAUGCCCCCCGACUCAAUGCGGCGGCGGCGACAGCCCACCUCAGCACCAGGCCUCCAACUUGCCUGCCCCCCAAGUUCUUCAGGUGCCGCCCACCCUUGCAGUACUGCUUGAGGAGCUUCGAGUUUUACAACAGAGACAAAUACACCAGAUGCAGAUGACCGAGGAAAUUUGCAGGCACGUUUUGAAGCUCGGAGGCAUCGUCCUGGGGCAGGACGCCAACCCGCGAGUCGGCGGGGCCGAGAGCCAACAUAAAGCCUCGUCUUCGUCGCCGGCGCACCCCUCAACCACCGCAGCGGUCACCACCCCCACCACCGCGGCGGCGCUGUUAAGCGGCCUUCCGUCGUCCCUCUUUUCCCAGCCGCCUCACUCCAAACAAGGCGCGACGCAGGUCAACGGCAGCAGAACAUCGUCGUCCGUAUCCGUGUCCAGCCCGUCCGUGGCCUCCCUUCAUCCGCUCUCCUUAUCUUUGGGGCUGCCGCCGCGCUCCUUGUCCAACGCCGCUUUAUUUGCUCACGGCAACGGCGUGAGCUUCCCCGCCGUCAGUCACGCCCAAGAGCUCCCGUAUGCGUCCUCAAUGGGCUCCGCCUCAACGUCGGGGCGACCGCAGCACAUGUGCCGCUUUUGCGGCAAGGUCCUGAGCAGCGACUCCUCACUCCAGAUCCAUCUGAGAUCACACACGGGUGAGAGACCGUACCAGUGUCCCGUGUGCCUGAGCCGAUUCACCACGCGGGGGAACCUCAAAGCUCAUUUCCUGCGUCACCGAGAGCAGAACCCGGAGCUUUCCCUCUCGCUGCUGCCGCCGGCGCUCUCGGAGCAGUCGCCGAGCGCCUCGACUUCCAGCGUUGUCCAGAGGAGGAGGAAGCGCCGAGCAGACGACGACGAGUCCUUUCACGGAGUGAAAGGAAGCGUUCCCUCUAGCUUGGCGGAGAAUAUGGCUUUGGGAUUCCUAUCCAGCACAUCCCCACGGCCGUCUCCUUCCUCUCUACCUCUGCCGCCCUCGGUCGACAUGGCGCUGCUGUCAACGGCCCAUUCCCUGCUACAGCUGAACCGGGCCUCGGCAGUUGCCGGCGCGCCGGGUUCCGUGCCGCCUGCUUCCGCGUCCUCCUUGUCCUCUUCUUCGCUGGCAAGUCAGUUCAAAGGCGUGAAGCAGCAGCGCUUUGAUGAAAACACUCCUCCUCAUUCAGCCCUCCACACAGCCGCCGCCUCCUACUCCCAGGUGGCUCACCUCCCCAAGAUUCUUUUCCCGGGAGGUGCUUCGCCACACCACAUGGCCCUCCUGCGGCCCGCGGGCCACCCGUCUGCCUCGCACCUCACGUCGGCGCAUCAGCUCCCCUUCCCUUUCCCGCCGUUCCCGAAAGCGUCCGCUUCUUCGACCUCCUCCUCUCCCGCAACGUCGGCUCAGUCCUCAGACACUUCCAAGCUUCAGCGUCUGGUACAGAAGCUUGAGAAGCAGCCGCAAGAAGGGGCUUCAUCUUCCUCCGCCCCCUCGCUCACCCUGGCUGAUGCCAACGCCAACGGUCACGACUUGAGCACCGCCUCCAGUAUCUAUCACAGGGAAAUGUUAUCCACCUUGGGCCUCGGUCCCAAUGCCACUCAAGGAGUCCCGGGCGCCAACUUGAGCGCCGCCACCUCCGCCGCUCCUUCUCUGCCCGCUACUCAAGUGGCCAAUCAGUGCGGCGUGUGCCUGCGGGUCCUCAGCUGUGCUCGAGCCCUGCGCUUGCACCAGGCCACUCACCUCGGAGAGCGCCCCUUCCCUUGUAAGCUCUGCGGUCGCUCCUUCUCUACCAAGGGCAGCCUCAGGGCCCACCUGGCCACUCAUCGAGCAAGACCGGCCAAUUCCCGGGCGCUCAACUCCUGCCCGCUGUGCCCACGCAAGUUCACCAACGCUUUAGUCCUUCAGCACCACAUACGCCUCCACCUCGGAGGGCAAAUACCGCCCAAUGAAGACGCGACGCAAGCGGAAGACGGCGCAGAAAUGGAGAACGCGGUCUUUGUCGACGAGGCGGAGAACGACUUGGGGAGCUCACCGUCACAAGUUCAGCAGCUCCUUCCGCUGGCUCUGACAACUACGACCUCCAAAAACGCCUCUGCGAAGACAGACGCAUCUUGUGACGUCAAGAUGGAGGAAUCGGAAGGUUCCGCACCCAGCGUUAGCCCACCUCUGAACCAUAAUACCCGCUUGGCAGGAGCUGAAGACCCCCUGGAUCUCAGCGACAACAACCUUGAUGAUGGUAGCCCCUUGAAUAACUCCCAAGAGGAGGCCCACGCUGAUGUGGAAAGCCCCGGGAAAGAGCCAUCACUUAGCUCCGGUUCUGCCGCAGUGAACGACAGUGAUGGGCCUGUCCGCUUAGGCGUGUCGAAGCUCGAUGAGACCAGUAAGAUCGGCGACAACGAUAACUCCAAAUGCACGGUGACUGGAAAUCCUAAAAGUGCGCACAGCCCUCCGGCGAGCCCAGCAACUUGCAGCUCGGCAGCCGACAUCAGCGUCCCGCCGGAAGUGACCCAGAGCGACGGCGAGAAAGACAACGCCGCGUUCAUGGCGCCGCCGCCGCCGCCGCCUCCUACUGCAGUUGAACCAGAGAAAGAGAGUUCAGAGAGCCCGGAGCCGCCCGGCACUGCGUUGGGACGGCGCGGCCAACAUCCUCGCUUGGACAAACCCUACAGCUGCUCCCAUUGCGGAAAGCUGUACGCCAGCCGCAGUGGCCUCAAGGGUCACAUGAAAAUCCACCCUGUCGCUUUGGCCGCCUCCUCCAAGGCUCAGAGCAACACGAGUGACACUGCUGAGGAUUCAAGUUCCAAGGAAGAAAAGAAAGAAGGUGGUGCGGAUCCGGAAGCAAAGCUUCAAUGUGAUGAGGCUGCCUGCUGAACUAACGGACAACAUAAGAUAGUGUAGUAGAUACUCUUGACAGGCCAGUAUCUUUUUUUUUUUUGUUCUAGUCUCUUCAUCUCUUUCAGGUGAUAGAUGUAGUUUGCGUGAUAGUGACUCGCUUUAGACUGCUUUUGUUAUAUUUGAAAGAGCACAGCGAGGGCUUACUGUCGACCCACUGGACAGCACAUCGGCACGGCCAAUAUUCGAUUCAAGUGCACACCAAAAGCGGCCGUAUGACCUCCUACGCCUUACUUUCGCGUUCUUCGCUUUGUUCUCUCCGCUGCGUGAUUGUGACGCUGCUACUGAACGUGUGCGGCGCUCCAGCUGUGAAUGUCUCACUACGACCGGAUAAUGCUACCUGUGAGGAUUGGUGACGAGGUACUCCCACGCCCUCUCCGUUAAACCAUUGCCCAAUGACAGUCCAGCCAAAUGAGUGAAAACUUUACGACCUUUUUAUAUAUGUGUUCCCGAGGUAAUAAAACAAUGGCCACGUGAAAAGCCGA